AUGGACACCACUUCACACGCCGGAAACGCGGGGAGGAACGAGCAGGAGCGGAAGGACGAGAGGGAAUGCGGGAAUGAAUUAAAGAAAGCGCGGGAGGCUUUAGCGGAAGGAAGGCGGCGGGAAGAGGAGCUGGAAGGAGUGGUGAGGGAAGGCAAGAAGGCGAUGCGGGAGCUGGAGGAGCGGAUUGGGCGGAAGGUGGAUGCGAUGUCGUCGCUCGCUACUGUGCUCCGAGAGGGGUGGCUGAGGGAAGCGGUGCUGUCUCAGGCCGAGGGAGCGCGCAAGCGCGCGCGCAUGAUGGAUGGCUCUCCGUCGCAUCCGGUGAUAAUGAUGGAGCAUCUAACGGCUCUGAAUGGUCACGCGGAGGCCUUCCGUUCAAUGGUGCAGGCAGUGAGGAUGCUGUCGUUCGGACUUGAAAACCGGAAUUCUCAUGCGGGUAGAAUGACAGAGGAGAAAGAGGGAGAGGCUACUUCUGAGGCGGCUCAAAACAAGGCUCAUGCGGAUAGAAUGAAAGAGGGGAAAGAAGAAGACGGGGGGGAUCAAUGGGCAAUGGAGAUCGAGGAGGGGGAGGGAGAGGAGGCGCAGGAAGAGGGGGUGAGGGACGCGGUAGAGGAAACGACGCAGAGGAUGGAAGAGGCGAUGGGAGAUGGGCUUGCGGGUUCGGAGAACGAGACAUGGAGGCGAGGACUUAAGGAAGAGCCAGGGUUGAAGCAAGAGGAAAGAGGAAGGGACGGUGCAGAGGAGGGGCACGAGAACGAAGCGGAUGGAGGGGAAGGACGAGGCAUAGGGUCAGCAGAGGAAGGGGCGAAACGAGGAGUAGAGCAAGGGGCGGGGCAAGGGGUGGCGCAAGGGGCAGGGCAAGGGGUGGCGCAAGGGGCAGGGCAAGGGGUGGCGCAAGGGGUGGCGCAAGGGGCAGGGCAAGGGGCAGGGCAAUGGGCAGGGCAAGAGGCAGAGCAAGGGGCAGCGCAAAGGGGGGAGCGGGAGCCAGCGCAAGGGGCAGAGCGAAGGGCAGGGGAGGGGCGACUGGCCGAUGUGGACUCACAGUCAGUGAGGCAAGCGGUUGUCAGGGAGGCAGCCAUGCAAGAGGAAGUUGUAGACAAUCUUUCCAUGGUGCAGCCAUUCAUGACUGCACCUCCCGCAUUCCCUCGUUUAUCCCCUGUUCCCACUCUUUGCCUUGGCCCAACCCUCCCCCAUUUUCACUUAUUUUUUCCGCCCUUGCCCUCACCCACCCCUCCCCCUUCCCCCCUACUUGCGCUCAUUACUGCCGCCCGUACUGCUGGGAGCAGAGGGGGCGCGAGGGAAGAUUCAGGAGGAGCGGUUACGAAUGUGAAGGAGAGGCACGCACACAAGGGAGGAGGGAAACGCACGGCGGGGAGAGCAGGAGGAAUACAUGUGGAGAGGCUAUAUCAGUGGCGGGCCGGCCGGGUAGCAAGUGAAGCAGAGGUGCGGGCACGGCUACAGAGACGGAUCGAUGAUUUGCAGAGACGAAGCAUCCAUCCCGACACGAUGGAGAAUACCACCCGAGAUAUUAACCGGGUGGUAUCACAGCUUUGGAACCACCCGGACCCCGCUGCAAAAGAGCUCUCUCUCUCUAGCCUCUCCCUUGCCUGCUACCUCUUCCUCACUCCCCACUGCUAUCCGGGCUUGCUACCGUCCGUCACCACUCUCAACCUCCAGAAACUUCACCCCGUCUCCCCAUGCGCCGUGAAUCUGCUCCUCCGCAUGCCCUCUCUCACAGCCCUUCACCUCCACGAGACUUCCGUCCGUUCAGACGCUCUGCCGCUCUUCCCUCACAUGUCUCGGCUCCAGAGGCUCGUCAUCGCGUGUGCUGACCCCUCCAUUGUUCUCAAUCUACCAGCUAGCCGUCAAGGCAACCUGCCUGCUCCGUCUGAUCCCAUCAGCACUAUCCAGCCGUUUCAGAGCUUGCGAGAGCUGCAUGUGAGCCGCGUGACUGAUUCGACUCUGCAGUUCAUGGGGAUGUUGGCGCGCCUUGAGGUCUUCUCCUGCACGUACAGCAAGGGGAUGACAUCGCAGGGAUGGAAUCGUCUCAGGAGACUGCAGAACCUGAAGAGGCUGCUGCUGGCGCCAUCAAUCAAGGAUUGGGGAUCCAACGACCAAAUCCCUGCUACCUCCCUGCUCCAAUCCCUGUUGCUCCGCCGCUUCAAUCUGAGCCUAGACUUCUCCCUAUCCCGCCUGCCAAAGAUCAUCCACACCUUCCAAAGGCCGCCCAAGAACCGGGCUGCAGCCACAAGCGAAGACCCCAGCGACGAACCCAAAAAUCGCCUCGACGCGAGCAUAUGGGACGUGGUGGCUGCCCUGCCGCGCCUGCAGCACCUAGAGAUUCACGCAGCAGAACCCAGCGCCACAGCGCUGCGAUCCCUCUCCACCACCACACACCUCAAAACCCUCUGCAUUACUGGCACCGCGCUUGAUGAUUCCGACCUGGUGGGCUUGAGUGGCCUUUCUCUGCUCACAGACCUCAGCCUGGCUGCCUGCACCUUUACAGUAGCCGAGGCUGUGAGAUCGGUGAUCCGAGGCAUGACCCAGCUAAAGUCACUGGACCUGUCGGGAACGGCAAUCACCCAAGGGGCCACUGUGCACCUGCAAGCGCUAGAGCGGUUGGAGUGUUUGAAGCUGCAGCAGUGCAGCGGCAUGAGUAAGCUGUUUCUGGAGCACCUGAGUUUGGUUCCUGCGCUGCAGGAGUUGGACCUGGGCUGCAACAACAUGCAGCAUGCUUGGCUGCUGCCGGUUCUGGAAGGGAAGAAGGUGACUCGGCUCGGGGUAGGGGGCUCUGGGUUUGUGCCAAAAACGCUGGAACGGCUUCAGCGGGAUUGGAUCAAGAUUGACUCGAAAUGA